AUGUCAAGCAAAGCAACUCCCCGGACCAUCACAGUCGCUGCGGCGCAGAUGGGGCCCAACCAAAAGACAGACUCUCGUGCCUCCAUAUUGAAUCGCAUGCUCAAGCUUAUGGAUGAUGCCGCUUCCCAGGGUGUCAAACUUAUUGCCUAUCCAGAGCUUGCCCUGACGACAUUCUUCCCCGUACAUUACCUGACGGACGAGGAAGAAAUCGCCAGCUACUUUGAGCCUACAUCCGCAGCAGAGCCGUACGCUCUCUUGUCGUCGCCCCACGUCAAGCCGCUGGUGGACAAGGCCAACGCUCUAGGCAUUGACUUUUACCUGGGCUUUGCCGAGCGGUGGACGGGAGAGGACGGCAAGACGACCGACUUCAACACGGCCAUGUACUACUCGGUCGCAGCAGGCACUGGUGUGGGCAAGUACAGAAAGGUUCAUCUACCUGGAAGGACUGAGCCACUCCCUGAUCCAAAGGCGUUUCAACAGCUCGAAAAGAAGUACUUUACGCCUGGCGAUAUCGGGUUCAAGGCCUUUAGGGCCCCGGGGCUCGUUCCAGAUGCCCUUAAGGCUGAGGAUGUUGGACCAGAGAGCGAGACAGUAGCCAAGGGAGACCCAAUCCUGGGCAUGCUGAUUUGCAACGACAGAAGGUGGCCGGAGGCUUGGAGACCUUAUGGACUGCAGGGCGCGGAACUUGUCAUUGAAGGCUACAACACCACAGCCUGGGCACCGCAGUACGACGGAACCCCCGAAGAGCAGCAAGAGACUGCCGAGUUCCACCACCGGCUGUCCUGCCAGGCCGGAAGCUACCAAAAUGCUCUCUGGAGUAUCAACGUGGCCAAGUGCGGCAUUGAGAACAACCAGGGUCUGAUCGGAUGCAGUUUGAUUAUCGACCCGAAUGGCAGAAUUGUUGCCGAGUCCAAGACUAUGGAUGAUGAGCUCAUCGUAGCGACUAUUGACCUGGCCAAGUGCCAGUACCAGAGGGGCCGUGUUUUCAACUUUGAGAAGCACAGGAGACCGGAGCACUACGGCAUCAUCUUGGAUCAAGUUGGGUUGCAAGAGAUACCUCUUUUGUCUGGGGCAUGA